CGAUUGCAAAUUGGGUGAGUUAAAGUUUCUUCCGUGCCUGGUAGCUCAACGAAAGUUCAAAAUCUGUAAAAUGUGAGGAGUGAGUGAUCAUCAAAAUCUAGGCAACGAAGAGAAACAACGGUGAUUGUCGAUUUCGCUUCUCCAAGUGAUGGCUUCAAGAGCAGAGAUGCCAGAGACUGCGUGCAGAGAGAUUUUGAAAUCAUUUGAAGAUGAUAAUGUUUCGAGAGUCAUGCUUGUUGGUGAAGCUGGAAUGGGUAAGACAUGGAUGGCUCGCAAGAUAUUCCAGGAGGAUCAUGCUAAAGCGGGCUCUUGCUACAUUGCCCUCUGGUUGAGUCUGAACAAAGAUUUUGAUGAAGUGUCCCUUUACGAGAAUAUAGCUUCUCAGCUAUCAAUAUUUCUUGAUAAGGAAGAGAGUGAAGAGGAUGAUAGUGAUGAAGACGAUAGUGAAGAUGAUGAGGAUCAGUUAAAUCGAGACUUGAUGAGCUUGAAAGAUAAGAUACACCUCAAACUUUCGGAAAUUAAGCUUAUGGGUGAAGGAAGGAAAUACCUUCUCUUGGUUUUGGAUGAUGAAGGAAGCGUGACUAGUGAAAAAAAAGUGAUGAAAGAUUUGCACCUUGUGGAUUUUCUUGCACCUUAUCGACCUCUAAAGAUUCUUCUCACCAGAAGAAAAGGGGAAGAAGAUGCUAUAUAUAAGAUGAAACCCCACGCCACGGCGGAUGAGCUACAUGCUUACUCUGAUGGGAAAAUCCAAUCCCAUACCUUGGAGUCACAGAUUCUACGCGACACCUUUGCAGGUUAUUAUUUGGAGGAUUUAUUCGAGACCCUGAUCAAAUAUGAUUUACUCGAAUCCCUUGGGAACGCCGAUUAUCAAGGCUUCAUACAUCGUAUCGUGGAAAUGAGCAUGGGUUUACCAGCUGCAGUUGUUGUGAUAGCCAAGUCUCUAAAUUACAUUGCUCUGCGUGGGAUGCGUCCAUUCGCUCUUUCACUCAAGCAGGAUGAGGUUCUGAAACUAGCAGUUCUCUCCUCUUUUCCAUCUGUUUCAGAUCCUACUAUUGAGAGAGCUACUUCUAGUCACAAUCCUAUUCUACAUCUCGUGUACGAGUUAUUAAAAACAGAUGAUACUGUGAAGAGUUCUAUUGUUGACUGUUUCUGGCAUAGCUUGAACUUCUUCGAGCACUGUGGGAGUGUUUAUUACUGGGAGUUGAUCGCACAUUGGAUACUUGAAGGCUACUUCGAUCCUGUUAGAUCAGUUACGAAGGCCUAUAUGGAUGCCCAUGCUAUCUUAAUGGAGCUUAUAAACCGUGGUAUUCUGAAGAUACAAGAGGACAAUGUGGUUAUGCCAGAGAUGGCAAUGAAGAAUUUAAUAGAUCUUCGCUGUCGUGGAAUACUAGCCAGAUCUAGGAUUUCACUUGCUAAAGUUUGUGGUAGUGACAUGAAAAAAGGUCUAGGGAAAAUUAACCAAGGGGAUGACAUCAUAGAAGCAGUGCGACCGACUAGGAAAGGCAAAAUAAUUACAACAGUUCUGGUUAGUGGAAACCGUUUGCGUCGUGAAACUCCAGAGAUUUUCUUUGGAACGCUGAAGGAUCUUGAGAUACUUGGCCUUUUUAAACCCACAUUGGAUCAUUUUGUCCCAUCUUUAUUAACACUAGUGAAACUUCGAGUUCUCGUGAUCAGGGACUGUGACCGACUGAAAGAUAUAGAGGAUCUUAAGUCUCUCGAAGGGCUACGUGUUCUUGAAGUUUCUGGUGCUAGCUCCCUGAAGAAAAUCUCUGACGAAUUCUUUAAGGCAUUGUCUAAACUUCAAAGUCUUCAUCUCUCUGAGCUUCAGAUCACAUCUUCCCCUUCCAGCAUUUCUGAACUGACGGAACUUCAUUGUCUCAUCAUCAAGGACUGUCCUUUAUUGGAAGAUUUGCCAGACAUACAAGAACUAGUGAAGCUUGAGGUUGUUGAUAUUUCUGGUGCUCGUGGACUUCAAACUUGCUUCGACAACAGAAACUUUUAUCAUCUUACACAACUUCAGCUCCUUGACUUCUCAGAGAGCCAAAUAGAGCGACUACCAAUGUUCCAGGACUUUCUGGUGCCCGCCAGGCUUCACUCCUUGGCUCGGCUCUUGUUGCAUAACUGUAAAAAAUUGAGAAAAUUACCGAAUCUGAAGCCUUUGUCAGGUCUCCAAAUUCUUGAUCUUUCUGGCAGUUCUAGCUUAGUGAAAAUACUGGAAGUAUGCUUCGAGGAUAAGAAGGAACUCAGAAUUCUUAAUCUGUCAGGCACUAAUCUUUGCCAGUUGCCUUCCACCAUUGAGGAGCUACCCAAUCUCAGCGAACUCCUCUUAAGGGAUUGCACCAACCUAGAAGCUCUCCCAAACAUUGCAAAGCUCAGAAAUCUCGAGAUCUUUGAAGUUCAUGGUUGUACUAAGUUGCAUAAGAUUGAUGGAUCAUUUGAGGACAUGUCUUACCUGCGUGAAAUAGAUCUCUCUGGCACCAAAGUGAUGAAACCACCGGAGUUGCCAAAGGAAAGCAAACUCUAUUGUACAAAGCGUAUUACGCUAAAAGAUAAAAGGCCUUUUAAAGGUAAGGAUUGGAGUCAAGUAGUGAAAAACAUGCAAAGUGGGAUAUCAGAGAAUUCUAGCUCCUCCGAUGCAGUUGUUGAAUCCCAAGAAAUCUCAGAAAAGGAGUCUGGAGAAAUUCAGUCGCAUGAACCUGGUUCCAGUGAUUUUCCGGUCAGCAUGGAAGAUUUUGGCCAGUUUCCUAUAUACAGGGCUGUUUAUCAGAAGUCAAUACCCUUUGUUGAUUCUGAAAGUCAUCCAAUAAUCUUGGAGAUCCAUGGGUCUAAUAGCCAUGAUCUGGAGAAGGAAACCCUAGCUAAGGCUGAGUUUGUGUCUUUUGUGGACUGUAGCUCGACACGGCUUACAUCUGUCUUUAACGAGAUGAAAUCGGUGAAGGGUUGUUGGCUAAGGAUGUGCAAGGACAUUGAAUACAUUUUCGCUGGUGUGGAAGAGGAACGUGUGGGAUCCCUGGAGGUUUUGUCGAUUACAAACCUUAGAUUAUUAAAAAGUUUAUCAAUUGGUGGUAGCUUCAAGAAUCUGAAGAGGCUAAGCAUAGAUUGCUGCCCGAAUAUCAAAACGCUUUUCGUGGAAGCAUCGCAGCUCCCUAGCAACCUAGAAGUCUUGCAUAUAAAGUUCUGUGAGAACCUGGAGAAAGUGUCCAUAGAAGGAGAAGUGUCAACUCUCACUACUCUGUGCCUUCACGAGUUGCAUGCGUUAUCAGCUGUUCAAGCCAACCUACCUAAUCUCGAGAAAUUUGAUAAGUGGAAUUGCCCGAACCUUCCAGCUGAAAAGGAAAAUCUCAGAGGCUUGGACAGAGAAACGGUUGAGCUCACUGAUGCAUCACCACAAGAUUGAAGAUCUUAUCAGUAGCUGGAGCAAGAAUAGUAUGCAUUUGGAUGGUUGCCUAUAAUUGUUAAUGUACUUUUUUCUGCAUGUGUCUGAAAUGUUGUGUUUUGAAUAACAAACCGGCUUUGAAACAUCAUCUUACCGGUUUUCUUUUUAGUGUUGUCCUGUUUCUCUUUUACGAUAUUUUUUGCCAUAAAAAUCCCAGGCAUGGUGUGCUGAUCUUGUCUGGGUAAAUAAGACUACUGUUUUGAUUGUUUUUUUUUUUUUUUCAAACAUUAUAUAUUGAUCCUAAAGUCAAGAAGACAGUGUACAGUUGAAUUGGGUAUCCUAGAAAGCAUUAUAUAUAUA